AACCGGAAGCAGCUCAUGAUUUUGCUUGUUGUUUCUGGAAGGAUCGUAACUGUAAAGUAAAUCUAUUUGGAUCGAAGUUGUUGUUAGUUAUCAACCCAAACCAAAAUGGCACCUCCAAAGAAAAAUGCUGGUCCCAGCAAAUCAGAGUAUAAGGACAAAGAAAAACCGACACAGAUACGAUACAGUAACAUAGAAGCAGCAAAGGCUGUUGCAUCUGCCAUCAGAACUAGUCUUGGACCUCGUGGCAUGGAUAAAAUGAUCCAGGCCUCUAAUGGAGACGUGACAAUCACAAAUGACGGUGCCACAAUCCUCAAGCAGAUGCAAGUCCUCCAUCCAGCUGCUAAGAUGCUUGUUGAGCUGUCAAAGGCCCAGGAUGUUGAGGCUGGUGACGGCACCACCUCCGUCUGUGUCAUUGCCGGCAGUUUGCUGGAUGCCUGCCAAAAACUCCUCUCUAAAGGUAUCCAUCCCACCAGCAUAUCAGAGGCUUUCCAGAAAGCAUCAACCAAAUCCAUGGAGAUCCUAGAAGCAAUGACGAGUCCUCUUGACCUCAAUGACCGUGAAUCACUCCUCAAAGCAGCAUCCACAUCCCUAAACUCAAAGGUGGUUUCCCAGUAUUCCGGCAUCCUGUCUCCCAUAGCUGUGGACGCGGUCCUGCGAGUGGUUGACCCCGCUGUACAGGACAAUGUAGAUCUGAAUGACAUUAAAAUUAACAAAAAAUUAGGAGGAACAGUUGAGGACAUUGAGCUGAUUGAUGGGCUUGUGUUCGACCAGAGGACACAGGGUAUGGGCGGUCCCAACCGCGUGGAGAAGGCCAAGAUUGGGCUCAUACAGUUCUGCAUCUCGCCUCCAAAAACUGAUAUGGACAACAGCGUGGUGGUGUCAGACUACACACAGAUGGAUAAGGUUCUACGUGAGGAGCGUCAGUACAUCCUCAACAUUGUCAAACAAGUGAAGAAGGCCGGAUGUAACGUUCUCCUCAUACAGAAAUCCAUACUCAGAGAUGCUGUUAGUGAUUUAGCCCUUCAUUUCCUAGCUAAGAUGAAGAUAAUGGUCGUGAAAGAUGUUGAAAGAGAAGACGUAGAGUUUGUUUGCAAGAGCCUGAACUGCCGGCCUAUUGCCAGUCUUGACCACUUUGUCCCCGAAUCUCUCGGAUCAGCUGAACUGGUGGAGGAGGUACACACGGGAGCCAGCAAAAUUGUCAAGAUUACUGGUAUAUCAAACCCAGGACGAACAGUGACAGUUUUAAUCCGUGGAUCUAACAAGCUUGUCCUGGAGGAGGCGGAUCGAUCACUCCAUGAUGCUCUCUGUGUCAUCAGGUGUCUCGUCAAGAAGAGGGCCCUGAUUGCCGGAGGUGGAGCACCAGAGAUUGAGCUCUCCCUACAGCUGAUGGAGUAUGCCAACACCCUGUCUGGCAUGGAGCAAUACUGCUUCCGUGAGUUUGCCGAGGCCCUUGAGGUGAUUCCCUUCACCCUGGCCGAAAAUGCUGGGCUCAACCCCAUAGCCACUGUCACGGAACUGAGGAACCGACAUGCACAGGGGGAGAAAACUGCUGGCAUCAAUGUCAGAAAGGGAGCCAUUACGAACAUCUUGGAGGAGAAUGUUGUGCAGCCACUGCUUGUGUCCCAGUCCGCCAUACAUCUCGCCUCUGAGACUGUCCGCUCUAUCAUGAAGAUUGAUGAUAUCGUGAACUGUAUGUGAGGAUAGUUGAACCAUAAUCUGUCACAACCAACCCAGUCUCCUAGCUGCUCAUCAACGUUCAUCAACACUUAACAUUCAGACAUGCUGAGCUGAAGCUCUGGAUGGGACAGCUUGUCAUCUCAACAUUUCCUCAUUUCUUACAUACUCCUCAAGAGAUGGAUGUGUUCAGUGUUGGCUUAAUUCUAACUUAUAAUUUAUUAUCUGUGUGCGUUACAAUGACAUGUGCUAUGAAGAAUGACAUUUUUGAAACUGAAAGACAAGAAAGCAAAAGUGAACAAAUUUAAAGAAAUUUUGAGAAGUUUAAACGUACCGAUUAGCAAUUUUGAGCUAUUAUGUGUUUGCUUUGUAUGUGAUUUUUUUUAGAUUAAAUUAUACAAUUCUGUA